AUGAAGGCAUUUUCCCUGCUCGCCUCUUGUGCUACCCUGGCACACCAUGUCGCUGCUCAAGGCGCAUAUCUCUACACGAUCGACAACAGCGUCGUGUCGUCCUCGACGGGCAUGAUCGAUUCGGAGCUGGCCAGCGCCAUCAUUGCACGCAGGAGAGCCCUCACAGACGACAGAGUUCUGGGAAUCACCAACGAAGCGCUCCUCCAGGACAUCAACACAUACGGGGGCUAUCAGGCGCCUCUGUUCGCAGAUGCAAAUGGGGAAAAGAAAGAGAGACCAGGCAAACUAUUCAUAAGGAUAACAGAUGUCGACCUGAACAUCCACGAUCUCGACGCAGCAAUGCCUGACCUGUGGAUCCAAGAACCCACGCAAGACCUCCUUACAGACUUUAAGCACAUUCCACGCCGGCACAGAACAGAGGGCAUUUGCGAAUACAUUGUUCCACCGAGCAUGAACACCCCAGGCGCAUACGGUGUCGAAGUCAUUCUUUCAUACCAUCUGGAUGGCGACACUCUGUGCCUCUCGCCGGCUGAAAUCCCCACGCUUCCCAUCACCAUGUCUCUACACAGCUUCCUUCCCAGCACGCCCAAAGAGGUCAAAUCCAAAUUGCCUUCGUUGAUCCGCAUCCUCAAACACUUUUCCGCGACCGAGAACAUCGAGUCCACCGUGCUCUUCCUGCCGUCCAAACUCUCUCCGUCCACGAAACCCUCCACCCGUGAGCAAAAGCACGAGCACCAAGCCCGCUCCCCACAGACCACAGAAGAACCACUGGAACUUAAUGUCGCCGUCGCCGCCGCCGCUGCCGCUACCUCGGCAGCACCGACAACCGACGACAUCCCCCAACCGGCAGAGAAAUCCCAGGACUUCACACUCCCAUCCGUGAUCCCAAGCUGCUUCACUUCCCAGUCUGCCUGCGACAACACCACAAACUUCUGCUCGGGCCACGGCAACUGCUACGAGGCACACGUGAAUUGCUUCAAAUGUAAAUGCGGGACGACACUGGCGCGCGUCAAUGAAGACGGGACCGAGAAGACAGUGCAGUGGGGUGGGGCGGCGUGCGAGAAGAAGGACGUCAGCGUGCCGUUUCUGUUGUUUGCAAGUUUCGGCGUCCUCAUGGCCGUCCUGAUUGCAGGUGCGAUCGGCAUGCUUUUCAAGAUGGGCAGUGAACCGCUGCCAAGUGUCAUUGGAGCUGGUGUUGCUGGACCCAAGGCUGGGAAAUAG